AUGACGCACCAGGCAGUGGGUAUUUUUCAGCAUAUACAUGGAUAUGUUUACACACGAGCUUUGAUCUCAGCUUGUAAUAUGAAAGUGUUCGAUAUUUUAGCAUUCGGAAAGCAGACAGCUGAGGAGAUUAGUCAAGUUAUGGAAACCGACUUCUCGGCCACCCAGGACCUACUGAAUAUGCUUGUACUGAUGGGCUAUGUACAGAAAGGAGUACAAGAAGACUCUGCUUCUCCCAACGAUGGUUACACAAACAGUGAGUUGUCUUGCAAAUACCUGACAUCGUCAAGUCCUUAUUCGCUCAUCCCUGUAGUGGAGCUUACAGAUCAGAUGAUAUUCCAGUUAGCCCGAUACCUAACGUCCGCCAUUCGCGAAGGAAAAUCUCAGGUUGAACGGACGUUCGGAGAAUCAGUAUUUCUUUCCGAAAUGCUCGUCAUCGACCGUGAAAAAUGCGAGGGUUUCAUAAUGGCCAUGCAUUCAUUCAGAAAAGUGUUCGUCUGCGAUCCGGCUCAACAGUUGUUCGAACUGAAUUCACAUCGUUUAGCUUGUGAUUUCGGUGGGGGUACUGGGGUGAUAGCAUACUCACUAGCAGAUACCUACCCGAGCAUGCAGUUCGUAGUGUAUGAUCUACCAGCUGUUGUCGAAGUCGUUGAAAAGUUCCGUAACCAGGGGUCUAUGAGGACUAAAUCGUCCGUCUGUUUCCAAGGGGGCGAUCCACUACGCGACCCUCUUCCAAGAGUGGAUUUAUUUAUCCUGUCCAACACAGUAAAUAUUUGGCCUGGAGAUUUAUUUGCAAAUGUCCUUAAUAGAAUUUUUGAAGCCCUCCAACCUGGUGGCGCUGUUCUGAUAUUGGAACCGGUUCCAGGCGAUGAGAAGCCCACACAAAUACAUUCGUUGAUGUUCUCUUUAGUUUCACUGAUAUCCGUUGGAAGCAAAUGCCGAUCGUUUGAAGAAUAUCGCGAGCUACUUGAUAAACAUGGUUUUGUGAACAUCAUGCUGAAGAGAUCGGCAUCUCUUUGCGACGCAAUUAUGGCUACUAAACCCAUCACAAACACAUAA